GUGUGUGUAAAAUAAAAACAACAUGGCAUCGUAAAUAUCGUGUAGUAAAAUUUCGAUUGUGAUUAAAAAAAUAAUUACACGUUUAGCCUUUGGACAAUAAAGUGAUACGCUUGCUUCACGUUCACCACUUUCUUGACAACACAUGCAACUUCUCUCCAUUUGCCAAUCUUUUGAUCCUGAAACCUUAAAAAUCAAGCUACUGCAACGACCAGUACAAGCAUAACUUGCAAUUAAUUUUGGUACACAUCCAGGAGCUCUAAGAGUGUGAAGAACUCUAGUAACUUGACACUCAUCAACACCAAUAACACCCUCGACAAGGCUUUGUUGACAGUGGAGUACUCCAACAAUCACUAAUACGCUUAAAACUAUCGUGUUUAUUCGUGACCUGUUUGUGGAAAUGGAAGAAAUGCAAACUAUGAUAAAACAAAAAUAAUCUUGAUACUAACGAUAGGAUUAUUCAAUCAUCUUAUCUUUAAUUAAAAUCAAUUCCAAAAUGUUUGAAACUGAGAAAUCAUCAAAAGGUAGCUUCCUUCAACAAACAAAAUCAGCAAGAGAAGAACGUGCUAAUGAAAAACGAAAAGAAGCCGCAAUUAUAUCUAUUCAGGCUUUUGUUAAAGGAUGGCUAGCUAGAAAAAAAAUUUCUAAUAAAAUACUCCAUGAAUUUGAUGAUUUUUUUGCUGAGAAAAUAUCAGGGGAUGGUUCAUUUCAAUUAAAGCCUGUUCUAGAAGUUUACAAGCAUAUUUCUCAUUUUCUCUUUGUUUUCAAAAUGGAAAGAGAUCAACAAAGACUAGAAAUUUUGUGUCGUUACAUUUCUCAGUCUUUGGAAUCUGAAUCAUCCAAGUUGUCGUAUGUCGGUGUGGCACUGAGUAAAGAUCAUUCAAUUGCUUGGAUUUCACAAAUAAAAAGAGUACUUUAUCACUGUAUGGCAGGCUUGGAAAAUCUUCAACCUGAAUAUCCUGCAGAUCACAAAUCCAUUUUAUUACGUUUGCACACACUUAUAUGCUUCACUUCUUCAAGCACUUGGUCAAUUCAGCGUGUUGAAGGAAUGAAAAAACUCAAGGCUGGCAUGAAUCAACUUUGUGCAAAUAUCAUGGGUCACUUGGUCAACAAUGGGUUUUAUAUUGUGAUGAAGAACUUAUUAGUUAAAGGUCUAGGGCGUGAGCAAAUAUCACUUAAGCCUGUGGCUCUUACUGCAGCUGUGACAUUAACUAUGCGUCCUUUGAUAUCAUCUCAAAUGUCUGACAAGCUCAUAUCACUUUUCCUCAUAAAUGUAUUGAGUGUUCCAGCAUUAGUUUAUCAUCUAAACAUUCAUUCCUCUGAGUGCAUUUCAGUCAUGAUUAGCCAUAAUUUAUUGUCACGCAGUUUAGUGUUUUUAAAUUCUGAACAAAAUCUCAGAAUAAUUUUCAAUGCAUUAGAAGGCAGCUAUGCUCUUUGUUUGCUUGCAAAUAUUAUUCAGCUAGCCAAUAUUGAAAGAGAUGAAAUUAUUCAAGAGCAUUCUUUUCCUACUUUUACAUUUGUCGUAACAAAAAUGCUGGAAUCAUGUCAACAGUAUGUUGUAUCAAAACAGAGCAAUUUAACACACUGGCAUCCUGUAUUAGGAUGUUUUGCUCAACCAGUUGAUUCUUCACUUUAUGGUGCCAUAAUUUAUACAAAAGUGCAAUUGGCUUAUCUUUGGUCAGGCAAAAUAAUUGCUCAACUCAUUGGUAAACCACUUAUUGAAAUUGUGCAAAAUGAAAAUAAUCCAAUACAUAUUGAACUUCAAACUACUUCAGUUACUUCAACAAAUAUUUUUCGACGUACUUUUAUGGAAUCACGAACAAAUCGAGCCAAUAAUAAUAAAAAUUAUAAAAAACUUGGCAGCAAUGAAACUACAAAAAUUGCUUUAAUAUGUUCACUUUAUCAGACUGCAUUACACACACUGACUCAAAUGAAAUUAGACAUUUUGACUGGUUUGUGUUAUCAAGAUAAAAUUUUAUAUCAUAUGUGGUUAUUUUUAAAUACACUAGGACCACAUUGUGGCUUGAAAGUAUUUCUUGAUCAUCUAGCAGCCAAUACAAAAUGUUCAGCACCAGAAUUUCAGCUACUUGUUUUAUUUUGUGACUGUAUGACUCAUUACGUGACAAUUCUUGAUGAUAUGGAAAUGUAUGAGCAACAAGAACCAUUUAAACUCACUGAUUUCAUAUCAAUGUCAUACUUUUUAAAUCAAUUUCUAUAUAAAGCAGUAUUGAACAAUCUUUUUGAUGUUAAAACAACUUCAAAUAAUCCAUUGUUCACCUCACUUCAUACUCUACUUAUGGCUAUCUACAGACGUGAUUGUAGAAGAACUUUUUGUCCUGAUGGACACUGGUUAGCAAAAGAAGUACGUGUCUCAGGAUUUCUUGCAGAUUUAGAAAAAGGUCGUAGAGGUGCUGCUUUAUUACUUUCAAAAAUGCCUCAUGUAAUACCACAUUCAGAACGUGUAGUGCUUUUUCGAAAGCAUGUUGCUGAUGAAAAAGCAGUUCUUGGUUUAACUGAAAGUGCUUGUAAUUCACAAUCAUCAACAUUGAUUACAAUUCAUCGUUCGAGAAUUGUUGAAGAUGGUUACAGGCAACUUGCUAUUUUGCCAUCACAAGCACUCAAGGGAGUCAUACGAGUCAGAUUUAUUAAUGAACAGGGCCUUGAUGAAGCUGGAAUUGAUCAGGAUGGUGUAUUCAAAGAGUUUCUUGAGGAAACUAUUAAAAGAAUAUUUGAUCCAUCGUUAAAUCUUUUUAAAGCAACAUCUGAAAAUAGACUGUAUCCUUCACCAACUUCUUAUUUGCAAGAAAAUCAUUUGCAAUUAUUUGAAUUUGUUGGAAGAAUGCUAGGAAAAGCUGUUUAUGAGGGCAUUGUUGUAGAUGUACCAUUUGCUUCUUUUUUUGUUUCACAAUUUUCUGGACAAACUGGUAAUGCACUUUACAGUUGGCUCGAUGAAUUGGCAUCAUUAGAUCGUGAUUUAUAUCGUAGUUUAACAUUGGUUAAACAUUAUAAAGGAGAUGUUAGUCAGCUUGAGCUAACAUUUUCACUAGAUGAAGAUGUAAUGGGUGAGCUAAUAACACACGAGCUAAAUCCCGGUGGUAAAGCUGAACCAGUCACAAAUCACAACAAAAUAAAUUAUAUUCAUCAUAUGGCACAUUUUAGAAUGCAUAAACAAAUUAAAGAUCAAACAGCAGCAUUUAUAAAAGGAUUCAAAUCAAUUAUUAAUCCUGAAUGGUUAUUAUUAUUUUCAACGCCUGAAUUGCAACGUCUCAUAUCAGGAGAUAAUGUCCCUGUUGAUUUAAGAGAUCUUCGAAAGCACACUCAAUAUUAUGGUGGCUUUCACGAUAGUCACAGAGUUGUCUGUUGGUUAUGGGAUAUUCUCGAAAAAGAUUUUACCGAAGAAGAGAAAGGCUUUUUUCUCAAAUUCGUUACCAGUUGUUCCAAGCCACCUUUGCUUGGUUUUGCUCAUUUGGAACCUUCUUUUUCAAUCAGGUGUGUUGAAGUUGGUGAUGAUGAAGACACAGGUGAUACAAUUGGCAGUGUUAUAAGAGGAUUUUUUACUAUUAGAAAAAAAGACCCACAAAAUCGACUACCGACAUCAUCAACUUGUUUUAACCUUCUUAAAUUGCCUAAUUAUCAGAAAAAAAGUACUCUAAGAGAAAAAUUAAGAUAUGCAGUUACUUCAAAUACUGGUUUUGAACUCUCAUAAUUUUUAACUCAUAAUAAAUGUUAGGAUUUUACGAUUUAAUGAAUAAAAGGAUAAGAUGUAUAUGUAGUUUUUACCAAAGAGAAUUGAAAAAUAUUUUACGUGAAAUUUCUGUUUUGCCUCGUAAAAUUUGGCAAGUCGCACAAAAUUCUGAAUGAUCAAUUUUGAAAUUAUAACUCUUUUCAUAAUUUUAAAAAUAAAAAUUUAUUGUAAAAAAUAUAUGAUAAAUUAAUAAUAAUAAAAAAUUAAUUAAAACAAUAUAAAUAUAUAUAAUAUAUAUACACCAUCCAUUGAAUCGAAGAAAAAAAAUAAAAAUUCUAUCGUCAUAAUUAUUAAUCAUGACAAUUUCAAUUUAAAGCUGACAAAUAGAAAGACGACUAAGCCAGACCAACCAAUUGGCAUUGUGACACCAGUCGUACCAACAUGAUUCUUCCCGCGUGUUUUCCCACUCCCAUUAUUUUAGUAGAUAAACAAGAGGAAUAUGGAACUCUAGAUAAACGAAACAACGGACCUGAACUGUUCAACACUUGAGCAAAAAAAAAAAUGGAAACAAGACAGACAGGAAAAAAAAAAAAAAAUUAAAGAUAAAAAUUAUUGGUGGAAUUUGAGUUGGACAAUCUCACUUUCAUUGUGUCUCAGUCUCUCUCUCUCUCUCUCGUGUUGUUGCAUUAAAAACGUGUUUAUUUUUUGUACAUUAUAUUGUUAUUUGAUUGUUAGUUAAUGAACAAAUAGCGAGCAUUGUGUCAAUCUGUGUUUAACAAGGCGUGUUGUUUAUCGUUCUGUUGGUCAAUUUAAAUGUAAACUAUUCAUAAUUUUUUUUAUCUUAAUAUUAUAAUCAACACAAAGUUCAAGGGAACAAUAUAUAUAAUUGUGUUGUUUUUUAAUUAAAAAUAUUUCAUACACAGCGUCUUAAUGACAAUCGUUAAAUGUCACAUCGAGGUUAUUAAUGUCAACGACAAUAAAUUGACCUGAUACCUUGGGUCAACAUGAACAAAUAACAAGUUGACAAAUUUAAGCCAGAUAAAUUUAAGCCAUGCCAAAAAUAAUGUGUUGUUUUUUUUUUUUUUUUUU